AUGACUAAUGAUAAAGCUAACCAAAGAGAAAGUGGAGUGUCCGAAAAUGAUGACUCCCUUCAUUUAUAUGCCCAGCCUUUGUCCGAACCGAUAUUGGGAAAGCAUUACCAACUGCCAGGACGUAGUGGCAUUGAACAUCGCAUCGAUUUGGAUGUUACAGCAUCGUAUAUACCCGUGUUUACCCACCUCAAAAUACACGAAGCAGGGGAAGUAAAUAGACCCCCUACACCACCAGCCUUGCGUCGAGUGGCUAAAGAGAGCAGUGUGGACUUUCAGGAUUAUGUUGAUUCAGAUCAGGGCAAAGGUGAUAGUUUUCGAGAGGACACUUCUAUAAAACAUAGUCGACGCACAACAACCAAGUGA